UCAACCGAUCACUCACCCCUUUCCACUGUUCAAUUUUCUCUACUAUCUCACCUUAGGCAAUAUAAAGUCCUGGUUCAGUCUCAGGAACGAGAGCUGAGCCAAUUAAGGGAGAAGUUGCAGGAAGGGAGAGAUGCCUCCCGCGCAUUGAAUCAGCAUCUCCAGGCCCUCCUCACUGCGGAUGAGCCGGCAAACUCCCAGGGGAGGGACCUCCAAGAACAGGUGGCCGAGGGCUGUAGGCUGGCACAGCAUCUUGUCCAAAAGCUCACCACAGAAAAUGAUGAAGAUAACAAUGAAGAUGUUAAAGUUGAGGAGGCUGAGAAAGUACAGGAGUCGUGUGCCCCCAGGGAGGUGCGGAAGGCUGAAGAAAAGGAAGUCCCUGAGGACUCAGUGGAGGAAUGUGCCAUCACUUGUUCAAAUAUCUAUGGCCCUUCUGAGUCCAACCAGCCUCACAAGAACUCCAAAAUCACAUUUGAGGACGACCAAGUGGACUCAACUCUGCUUAUAGACCGUGGAUCGUCUCCAGAUGGAUGGCAGGAUGCUCUAAACCUUGUCCCAGUCCCUGGCUCCACCUGCCAGUGUGUCUGUCUUUUCUCAGACUAUGAAGAGUGCAAAGAUCUCCUAAAAUCUAUGCUGAGGGAUGAGCUUCAGUUGAAGGAGGAGAAUCUUGCAGAGCAGCUCGGGCAAGCUGAAGAGCUCAGGCAAUAUAAAGUCCUGGUUCAGUCUCAGGAACGAGAGCUGAGCCAGUUAAGGGAGAAGUUCCAGGAAGGGAGAAAUGCGUCCCGCGCAUUGAAUCAGCAUCUCCAGGCCCUCCUCACUCCGGAUGAGCCGGCCAACUCCCAGGGGCGGGACCUCCGAGAACAGCUGGCCGAAGGCUGUAGGCUGGCACAGCACCUCAUCCAAAAGCUCACCACAGAAAAUGAUGAAGAUGAGGAUGAAGAUGUUAAAGUUGAUGACACUGAGGAGGUGCGGAAGGCAGAAGAAAGGAAGUCCCUGAGGCUCAGUGGAGGAAUGUCCAUCACUUGUUCAAAUACUUAUGGCCCUUCUGAGUCCAAUCAGCCUCACAAGAACUCCAAGUCACAUUUAAGGAAGACCAAAUGGCCCAUCAUGUGUUUGGAUUUUUUCUCCCCAGUCCCUGGCUCCACCUCUUCUACCACAAACAUCAGCAUGGUGGUAUCUGCGGGCCCUUGGCCCAAUGAGAAGUCAGAGAUGAAUCCUCUAGAAAUCAACGAGAAACUGCGCCCUCAGCAGGCAGAGAACAAACGUCAGUUCAUAAACACCAAGGAGAAAUAUCUUGUAACUCAAGUGGCCUACUUUCUGGCCAAGGGGCAGAACAGUUACAACUAUGAAGAGUGCAAAGACCUCCUAAAAUCUAUGCUGCGGGAUGAGCUUCAGUUGAAGGAGGAGAAGCUUGCAGAGCAGCUCAGGCAAGCUGAGGAGCUCAGGCAAUAUAAAGUCCUGGUUCAGUCUCAGGAACGAGAGCUGAGGCAGUUAAGGGAGAAGUUCCAGGAAGGGAGAGAUGCCUCCCGCGCAUUGAAUCAGCAUCUCCAGGCCCUCCUCACUCUGGAUGAACCGGCCACCUCCCAGGGGCGGGACCUCCGAGAACAGCUGGCCGAAGGCUGUAGGCUGGCACAGCACCUCGUCCGAAAGCUCACCCCAGAAAACGGUGAAGAUGAGGAUGAAGAUGUGAACAUUGAGGAAACUGAGAAAGUACAGGAAUCACGUGCCCCCAGGGAGGUGCAGAAGGCUGAAGAGAAGGAAGAACGUGAGGACUCACUGGAGGAAUAUUCCAUCACUUGUUCAAAUAGCCACGGUCCUUGUGAGUCCAAGCAGCCUCACAGCAACACCAAAAUCACAUUUGAGGAAGACCAAGUCAACUCACGUCUCAUUGACUCAUCCUCUCAUGAUGAAUGGGAGGAUGCUGUAUCCAUUAUCCCAGAAAAUGAAAGUGAUCAUGAAUCAGAGGAAGAAAAAGGGGCAGUGUCCCCAGAUGAGACCGUCACGGCUUUGCCACUCCGAGAUGUUGCCAGGUCUAAGGUGUUUGCAGAUUGUCCUCGAGUCACAGGUGAUCUGAUGCUCCACGUCUGCUCCCAGAGAUCGGUGGGUGUUUGGAAUCUGCAGGAGUCUGAAGAGGAGGAAGCUCUCCAGGAAUCCUGGGAUGAAGGUUAUUCGACUCGCUCAAUUCCUCCUGACACGUCUGCCUCAUACCAGUCUCACAGCAGCACCUUUCACUCAUUAGAGGAACAACAAGUCGACUUGGCUCUUGACGUGGGCAGUGAGUACUCCAUUGUGAAGGUGAUAAAGCUCUAG